AUCCCUGUCUGUAAUCAUGGUAAUAUGGUAUAAUCGAAAACAUUUGACAGACGAAAUCAACUGCCACAAAAUUAUAAUAAUGAUCACAAACAUGGGGGUUGGAAUUGUGCAAUUUCAAGCGUGAUUUAGCAUCCCAUCACCCAGAGUCCAGAGAACCCAUCACCCGUCCUUCGAGAAAGAAAUGAACCAGUUCCUCCCGUCCCAGCUAUCGGCGCUCCCCAUGGGCUCCGCGGGCAGCACGGCCGCCACCGCCGCGGCCAUCGACGACGACGACGGCGUCCCCGAGAUAGCCGCCUGCAUAUCGUCGAUGAUCGACCGCGGGGGCAGCGUCGAGAGCCACCGCCUCUAUCUGGCGCGCCGCACCGCGCUGGAGAUGCUCCGCGACCGCGGGUACAGCGUCCCGGAGGAGGAGCUCGCGCGCACCCUCCCGGAGUUCCGCGCCUGGUGGGCCGACAAGCCCGAGCUGGAACGCCUCGCCUUCUCCACUACUCUCGCCUCCGACCCGUCCAACAAGGUGAAAGUUGUGUUCUGUCCACCUGAACCUGUCAAAAUUGCAGUUAUCCGAGAGAUAUAUAGCGGAGUCAAGGAAGACAACUUGUCUAGACUGAUUCUGAUAUUGCAGAGCAGAAUAAUGUCUAGAGCCAAAGAAUCUAUUAAGGAGAUCUUCCCAUUUAAAGUUGACACAUUCCAGAUCACAGAAUUACUGGUUAACAUUACUAAGCAUGUCCUGAAGCCCAAGCAUGAAGUGUUAACUGCAGAGGAGAAAACCAAGCUCCUGAAGGAAUACAAUGUGGUGGAUUCACAGUUGCCUCGCAUGCUGGAGACUGAUGCUAUUGCUCGUUACCACGGCCUUGGCAAGGGAACUGUUGUUAAAGUUACAUAUGACAGCGAGCUUACCGGGAACCAUGUGACGUACAGGUGUAUUUUUUAGGGGGCUGGGGUUUUCCAUGGAUGAUGUUUCUGAUAAGCAGUGAGUAAAAAUAACUUCUCGGCAGAUGAUACUGCCCUUCUAGGCCAGUGUAAGCACCCUACUAUGUAGGAUGAAGUUCUCUGUAAGGUGUCAGUAAAAAUUGUCUCGCAGCAAAGUUACUGCGCUGCUAGGCUACUAUACUGUCUCCAGUCUAACACUAAUCUUAGAAACAGGAACAAAGCUAAUCCAGUUGUGAGUUAUCGUCAA